GCUUAGGAGGUUAGAUGGCAGGCCUGAGGGGCGGGGUCUGUGUGGAAGUGGGCUCAGCCUUCAGGGGAAGAGGACAGAGCCUGGGACUGGGUGAGGGGCCCGAAAGAAUGCUCAAGCGAAAAGGACGGGGCGUGGGUCCCAGAGUUGGUUGGAGCGGGUCUAGAGGUGGCACUGAAGAGUGGGAAGAAAGAAUCUAGCGCUCGGAGAUAUGCUCCGAUCCUAGGUUUGCAGAGGGAAUGAGAAAGAGGGCGGGAAGAAAGUACUCUGAAACUUUCCAGGCAACCGGUGGAGCUCACCAGCCUGUAGGAUUAUUCAAAAAAUUGGGCGGGUUCACAGCUAGAGGCGUGGCCUAGAGGGACUAGGCACCAGAGAGUGGCCAUAACCUGGAGAGAAGGGGCCAGUUUCGACCAGCGGGAAUUUAGGGGUGGGCUGAAGUUGAGGAGCUAGAGGCGAUGCCAGGACUGCGAAAAUUAAUUUCUCUCUCUUUCUUUUUUUCUUCCAGUACUGGGGAUUGAACUGUGCACAGGUCUUGGGGCAGGACUGCGAAAAUUGGAAGACUUCAGGCUGUGGGCUUGAAUUGAUGGCAGGACCUGGAAGUUAAAGCAACUGGGGACCCCUGGAAAAGGGUCCAGAAGGGAAGCAGUCCGAAAAAUAUUGUACUUAAAGGUUUUGCUGGAGGCGGGACCACUGAGGUGGGCGGAGCUUGGAUUGAACAGGGCUGGGAUUUGAAGCCCACGAAAACACAGAUUCUAGAGCUAAUUUCUCUGUGACACCGAUGAACAUUUUCUGAUUCAGUUUCCUCUUCUUGACGUAUAAUAGUGUAACGAAUAUGGCAGGUGCUGUGUAAUAGUGUGCUGCUAUCACUUUUUUUUUUUUUUUUUCGGAUCCAGAGCCCAAACCCCACUUUGGAGGUGCGGGAGAAAGUAGUCCCAGGAAUGGAAUUUCUUUUAGUGAUCCGGCUUGGGUGCAGGUCAAGGGGUAGGAAAGAGAUUUACUUGGUUUCAAAUCUCACAGCGAGGGAUUAACAGUGUGUUGGGGGGGGGGCGGGUCAGGUGCUGAAGGUGAAGCCUUCCUGAUAAGAGAUGGCGGCCCUUGCAGGUCUGCUGGAGUGUCUCCUCUGGCCGACUCGCAAGGAUGAAGAGGCAGAGAAGGAAGAGGAAGCUGGCGCCCAAGGGCCUCAGUCUCUCCUGGCUGCGCCGCGAUGCUCCCAGAGGCCACACGGGGGUGUGGCAGCAUCGUCCGGCCUGCGCUUCGGAGCCAGCGCAGCGCAGGGUUGGCGAACGCACAUGGAGGACGCGCACUGCGCUUGGCUCUCCUUACCUGGGCUGCCGCCUGGCUGGGCUUUCUUCGCUAUCCUCGACGGCCACGGAGGGGCGCGAGUUGCCCGCUUCGGCGCGCGCCACCUGCCAGGCCACGUGCUCGAAGAGCUAGGCCCAGCGCCUAGCGAACCCGAGGGCGUGAGCCAGGCGCUGCGCCGAGCCUUCUUGAAUGCCGACGAGCGGCUCCGCUCGCUCUGGCCCCGUGGCGAACCCGGCGGCUCCACUGCGGUCGUGUUGCUGGUCUCCCCGCGCUUUCUAUACCUGGCGCACUGCGGUGACUCGCGCGCGGUGCUGAGCCGCGCCGGCGCCGUGGCCUUCAGCACCCAAGACCACCGGCCCCUCCGGCUGCGGGAACGCGAGCGCAUCUACCACGCGGGCGGCACCAUCCGUCGCCGUCGCGUCGAGGGCUCUCUGGCAGUGUCUCGAGCACUAGGCGAUUUUGCUUACAAAGCGGCUCCGGGGAGGCCCCCCGAACUGCAGCUAAUUUCCGCGGAGCCUGAAGUGGCUGCCCUGGCACGCCACACUGAGGACGAAUUCGUGCUCCUGGCCUCUGACGGCGUGUGGGACGUUAUGUCUGGUGCUGCGCUGGUGGGACUGGUGGCAUUGCGCCUCCGUUUGGACCUGGCCCCAGAGCUUCUCUGCGCGCAGCUGUUGGACACGUGUCUGUGCAAGGGCAGCCUGGACAACAUGACCUGCAUCGUGGUUUGCUUCCCAGGGGCUCCCAGGGCUUGUGAGGAGGCCAUCAGGAGGGAGCAUGCGCUGGAUACAGCCCUGGGCCGCAGAGUAGCUGAGCUGUGUGCCUCUGCUCAGGAGCCCCCCAGUCUGAACACAGUUUUCAGGACUCUGGCCUCGGAGGACAUCCUGGAUUUGCCUCCUGGGGGAGGACUGCACUGCAACUCUUCCAGGCCUCAGAAGAAUGUUGGGAGCGAGACCGUGAUCUGUUCCAGCCGGGCGACGGUGAUGCUCUAUGACGAUGGCAACAAGCGGUGGCUGCCUGCCGGCACGGGUCCCCAGACCUUCAGCCGCGUGCAGAUCUACCACAACCCCACGGCCAAUUCCUUCCGGGUUGUCGGACGCAAGAUGCAGCCUGACCAGCAGGUGGUCAUCAACUGUGCCAUCGUCCGGGGUGUGAAGUAUAAUCAGGCCACCCCCAACUUCCAUCAGUGGCGGGAUGCCCGCCAGGUCUGGGGCCUCAACUUCGGCAGCAAGGAGGACGCAGCGCAGUUUGCUGCCGGCAUGGCCAGCGCCCUGGAGGCCUUGGAAGGAGGUGGGCCUCCUGCACCCCCAGCACCGCCGGCCUGGUCCACCCAGAACGGCCCCUCCCCGGAGGAGGUGGAGCAGCAGAAAAGGCAGCAGCCCAGCCAGCCUGAGUAUAUGGAGCGGGAACGCCGGGUCUCCAACGCAGGAGGCCCACCUGUUCCCCCCGUGGGGGGACCACCCCCGCCUCCAGGACCUCCCCCUCCUCCGGGCCCUCCCCCACCCCCAGGCCUGCCCCCUUCAGGGGUCUCGGCUGCAGGACAUGGUGCCGGGGGAGGCCCGCCCCCUGCACCCCCUCUGCCUGCAGCACAAGGCCCCAGUGGUGGGGGAGCUGGAGCCCCUGGCCUGGCUGCAGCCAUUGCCGGAGCCAAACUCAGGAAAGUCAGCAAGCAGGAGGAGGCCUCAGGAGGGCCCUUGGCCGCCAAAGCUGAGAGCACCCGAAGCACAGGUGGGGGGCUCAUGGAGGAGAUGAAUGCCAUGCUGGCCCGGAGAAGGAAAGCCACACAGGUUGGGGAGAAACCCCCCAAGGAAGAAUCUGCCAGUCAGGAGGAGCCAGAGGCCAGAGUCCCAGCCCAGAGUGAACCUGUGCGGAGACCCUGGGAGAAGAACAGCACAACCUUGCCAAGGAUGAAGUCCUCAUCUUCCAUCACUGCUUCUGAGGCCCAGCCUUCUACGCACAGCUCUGGGGAAGAGUCAGACCUGGAGAAGGUGAAGCAGGAGCUUCUGGAAGAGGUGAGGAAGGAAUUACAGAAGGUCAAAGAGGAGAUAAUUGAAGCCUUUGUCCAGGAGCUGAGGAAACGGGGUUCCCCCUGACUACAGGGACCCAAAUGACCUGUUUCUCUUUCUGCACACCCGGCCUGUCACCCUGCUUUCCCUGCCUCUACUUGACAUGGAAUUGGCUGAAGAUUACACAGGAAUGCAUCUUCCCCCUCCGGAUCCCACUUGGAAAAUUCCAAGGGGGUGUGGCUUCCCUGGCACCGUGCCCACACCCUUACUGGCUGCUGAUUGAUGAGCUGGGGAGGCCCCCCACCCUUUGCUCCCUUUGAUCCUUCCCCUCUGCCAUCCCCUUGGGGCUGGUUCCUCUGUUGGGGAUGUACCAAUUAACCCCACAGUAAGGGGGAAGGAAGGAGGGAAUUUCACAUUCCCUUGUUCUAGAUUCACUUUAAUGCUUAAUGCCUUCGAAUCAUUUUUGUUGGUUUUUUUUUUUAAAGGAAAAAAAUAUAUUAUAUAUAUAUAUUUGGGUUUGGGGGGGAAAGGGAAAAUUUUUUUUCCUUUUUGGUUUUGAUAAAAUGGGGUGUGGGAGUUUUUAAAUGCUAUAGCCCCAGGCUAGCCCAUUUGGGGCAGCUAUUUUAGGGUGGGUGUCUCACCAGACUGGGGUGCUCCCCCACCCCAGGGACCCCCCCUUCCCUGGAGCUCCUUCCCUUUUCUAUGAGGAAUUAAGAUGCUGUAACUUUUUGAAACCUCAGUUUUUUGGUUUUUUUAUUUGGAUAGGUUUUGGGGUCCAGACCAUUUUUACCCCCUGGGGAAUAAGGGAGGGAGAAGGGAGGAACCUCCCCCUUUACCUCCAGCUUCUUGAGAAUGGGCCCUUGUGGAAUAAAUCUGCAGUUUUUAUAA